UUAAUGCUGCUAUGUCAUCGUAUCAUGAAAUAAAUGAAAGAGCAGAGAUUAAUAAAGUUACUAAGUUCGUGGAUCCAUUGAUUGGUACACAAAAUGCAAAAAAAGAGGGACAUGUAUUUCCCAAUCUAUGUCUUCCUUAUGGAGUUGUAAAGGUGGGGUUCGAUACUGAUAAUCUAAAAGAUAAUCAAGGAGG